CCAUCUCAAUGGUGUGCAACUCAACCACCCCUUUAUAUACCUCUCCACUCCCUUUGUUGAAGAAAGCCAAAUUACCCAUCAAAACAUGGCAUUUUUCCUUGUUUCUCUUCUCCUAGUUUCCACUUUCUUUGGUGGAGAUGCCGCUGUCUUAACUUUGCAAAACAGAUGCACGACCAAAAUCUGGCCAGGGAUCGCAGGCCCGCCUGUAAAGCCUGAACUCACGGACAACGGAUUCACCUUGAGUCCAAGCCAAACCCUCAACAUUAGCGCCCCAGCAGGGUGGUCAGGGGAAGUGUGGGCCCGCACCGGAUGCUCCUUUGACAAAGCUGGGGGAGUAAAUUGUACCAGUGGCAACUGUGACGGCGGCGUAGAGGAAUGUGGAGGAACUUCCGGUGGUCCACCACCGGCUACUUUCGCCAUUUUCAUGCUAGACGACCAGGUUGAUUCCUAUGCUGUUGACCUCAUUGCAGGAUUCAACAUACCAAUUUCCAUAGUUCCCUCUCGUGGGUCAGGGGAUUGUAAGCCUGUCAGGUGUCUUACGGACUUGAACAUGCACUGCCCUAGCAAACUGCAGGUAAGAAGGAACGGGCGGGUUGUGGCGUGUAAGAGCGCGUGUUCGGCCUUCAACCACCCCGAGGAUUGUUGCACGGGUGCUUACGACAAUCCUAAAGCUUGCAAGCCGUCAAGUUACUCAAAAUUCUUCAAGGAUUCUUGUCCCGCGGCCUAUAGCUAUCCUUACGAUGAUUCGACGAGCAUUUUUACAUGCAAGGGAGCUGAUUACUUGAUUAGCUUUUGUUGA